AUGGGGCGUGCAAGUGAACAUGGAUGCCCCAGGGCAGAGCAGAAGGGGAUAGUUUGGGUCCCGGUGGCUUCAGGGCACGCCUGGCUGGACAGGACCUUCCCAGGUUCCCCCUAUCAGCACCAACACCUGGAUUCUGUCUUCCUGAUGCCGGGGUUUGUUCUGUCUGCUUGCAGGUCAGAGGAGGGGAGCACCCUCCAAGAGCACCCCCAAGGCGCUCAGUUGGUAAAGAAUCCACCUGCAGUGCGCGAGACCUGGGUGCGACCCCUGGGUUGGGAAGAUCUCCUGGAGAAGGGAAAGGCUGCCCACUCCAGUAUUCUGGCCUGGAGAAUCCCAUGGACUCUGAAGAGUCAGAUACGACUGAGCGACUUUGACUUUCAAGGCUUCAAGCACAACUGGCAAAAGAUAGGAUGGGGCUCAGAGGCCAGGGCUGUCUCCUCCCUCUGGAGAGAUUACAGGGCUGCACAUUUGACCAAGCCUUUUAUGCGAAGAUGCUGUGUGUGUGUGUGUGUGUGUAUUCUUUCAGUUCUAUAA